AUGUUCACCUCAAAGGGCCUCUUCUCCAAGAUAGACUGCCCCUACAGCGAUCGCUGCUUGUUGCCAAAAUGCCUCUUCGCACAUCACAAACCACCAGCUAUGAAGCCAGCGGAAAAUAUGCCAGCUGUGCCAUCCCCAAAGCUACCAUCAGAGAAGCAGGCCAUCGCAGUGGCUGCUGAAGAUGGACAGCGAAAACGAAGGAAGAUAGGCCACGGAGAUGUCGUGGAAACCAAGAGCUCUACUGCAAAGACAGAAGUCAAGCUGGCAGUGAAGGAGUCGAGCUCUAAAUCUUCAGAAAAGCGCCCAAUAUCUCCACCACCUCCUCGCCGUACCAGUAGUCUCGCUCCUGGAAAGAAACCAGAAGAAAUGUCCAAGACGGAACCAAAGGUCCCAGUCACUACAAAACCAGCUUUGAAAGCUGCUCCAUCGGUCCCGAAACCAACGAAAUCAGAGGCCCUAAACCCGCGCCUCCUGAAACACUCCCCAGCAACCCACGAUCUCCGGACCAAACUCGUCAAGCUGCUCCAUGACCAACUCGUCCGGCUCAACACCGAGCUUGCCAAAGAAUCCCCCUCGGAGAAACCCCUCAUCCUCACCACCCAGGAACUCAUCACCAUGGCCCUCGACAUCGAAGAACAAGCCGCCAAAGACAAACCAGCCAUCCACUCCAGCAUCGUCAAGAACACCAUAGUCCGGUACAAAAAAAUGCCCCUCGCCGACUGGAAAUCCGCGCGCCAAACCUCCAUCGACGCCCAAGCCGCCGCAUCCGCCCUAACCCCAUCUACUAAACCCCCUCUCACGGCCCUAGCCCCAAAACCCCUAGCAACCGGCCUCCCCCCCCACCUCGAGCUCUCCCUCCUCCUCAAACUCCUCACCCCCCUCACCUCCCUCUCCGCACACGGCUACGUCAACUCCAUCCCCUCCGCAGACUCCAUCGCCACGGCCCAAUCCGGGCUUGCCGCCGCUCAAGGCUGGGAAGUCUGCGAUAGAUGUAAGUCCCGUUUCCAAGUCUUCGCGGGCCGGCGAGAGUCAGACGGUCUCCUCACCUCGGGGGGUGCGUGUACGUAUCACUGGGGAAAACCUUUCUUUCCCUCGCGCGCGGCGACGGAUGUUAAGGGGUCGAAGCGCGAGAAGAGGUAUCGGUGUUGUGGGCAGGCUAUUGGGGAUUCAGCCGGUUGCACCAAAGCAGCGACACACGUCUUUAAGGUCACUGAAGUUAAGCGCCUCGCUGCGCUGUUUAAUUUCAUCACCACACCCGAGAACGACCUCGCGGAUGACGAUGAACCGGUUUGCAUCGAUGGCGAAAUGGGACACACAGUCCACGGCCUCGAACUCAUCCGCCUAACCGCCACAUCCUGGCCCACCGGCACCCCCCUCCUCGACAUCCUCGUGCGUCCCCUCGGCGAGGUCCUAGACCUCAACACGCGCUGGUCCGGCGUCUCCGCCUCGCAACUCACUAACGCCCCCUCCCUCCCCUCCCCACUGGAUCUUCCCUCCCCCAGCGAUGCCGAAAAACUCAAAGGUACGAAAAGACUCCACGUCGUCGAGUCCCCUGAGGCUGCGAGGGAGCUGCUACUCCUGUUUUUGACGCCGAGGACGCCGGUUAUUGGACACGGGCUGGAGAAUGAUUUGAAUGCUGUCCGGCUCAUUCACCCAACAGUCAUAGAUACGGCACUGCUAUUUCCACACCAAGCGGGGCUACCAUACCGGCAUGCAUUGCGUACGCUCGUCUCCCUGCAUUUGGGGAGGACUAUACAGGCUGGUGGGGGGAUCGUAGCUGCUCCAGCUACAGCAGCUGCUGGCUCUACCUCCACACCUGCGGAAGAAGGCGCCGUAGCCCCAGGUCACGACAGCAAAGAAGACGCCAACGCCGCCGGGGACCUCGUCCGCUGGUCCGUCGGCCGCGAAUGGGAGAAGAUGAAGCGGGUUGGCUGGACGCUGGUAGAUGAAAAAUUAGUCCCGCCGGAGCGGAUUAGUGAGGCGUUUUUGGAGGAUCAGUUUGUGAAGGUUGGGGAGAAGGGGAAGGUUACGGAUAAGAGAAGGAGAGGGGAGGAGGAUGUGGAGGAGGAGGGAGAGGUUGUUGAGUGAUGGGUUGUGCACGCGAUGAGGAGGGGAGGGGGAGAUCGCGACUAGAUGUCCUGUAUCUUCGUGGCAUAAUAGGGGAUUCCGGAUCGGAGCGUAGGAAUGGAACUACCGUCCAGAUAUGUCGCAGCAUGGUCGAUGCAUUGCCACAUAUUAUCCUAGACAUCUCUAUCCACAACGUUUAUUCCCAGUAGACAAAAUAUCAGAUCUCUGCAAAGAAAUUGCAAAGAACACUUCAUUCAGAGCUGUGCCUUUAAUCCGGUUUUUUGCAUCCAACAUCUCGAGGCGAAAAAAAAAAAAAAAAUUGUAAUUAUUGUUUUGCUAUGAGCUCGCGCUGCAUUAUAAUCAUUAUUUACACAUCUGUAAGACUGUUGAUGCAACACCCCCCGAGAUGCCUAUUCCCC